CAGUCUUUUAUUUGGGAACGGAUAUUUGACAAAUCAUUUGAAAGACGAUGAACAACGAGUAGCAAAAUAGAGGAGUGAUACAAUGUUGACAAUGUGAAGUGAAAAGCAGUGAUCACAUAAAAAUCAAACGUCGAAAAUUUUAUUAUUCCCUUGUCGAAUGUUUAAAUCACGCCAUGCAUGUUGCAUGAUGAGAAUUUUUAACGAUAAGCAAUUGGAUGCAAAGUAGAGAGAUUCAGACAAAGGGCAAUCUUUCCGAAACUUUUCUGAAUAGUAUCAAAACCUCGGACUUUUUCAAAAGACUAAGAUGUCAACAGUAUUGUUAGUGCUGGUGCUAAGCAUCGUAAAUAUCUAUGAUUCGCAAAGUAUUGGAACUAGGACACAGAAAAAGCUAACAGAAAAAAUAGCGUCGGAUUUUCUGCGUUAUUAUGAAAUUCGCGCGACGAACAUGUCAAAAACAACAACUGAAAUGUCAUGGCGGUACGAGACAGACUUAACCGAAGAGAACCUUCGUAAUUCAGUAACGGCAUCGACCAAAGCCACGUUGUUUUUUAUAGAAGGCAGCAAAAAUGCGACUAGCAUAUUAGAUAAUGCUAAUUUAUCGGAAGACGUGACGCGACAACUAAUGCUCAUCAGUAGAAGUGCAUCGCCGAAAGCUGAAGCCAAACUUCGACUCCUUAACGAACUUCAAGCAAAGAUGACCAGUAUCUAUAGCAGGGGAAAAGUGUACUAUAUAGAUUCAUUAAGCAAAAAAACAAAAUAUUUGGAACUGGAGCCUGGCUUGAUCAACAUAAUGGCAAUUUCUCGAGAUUACGAGAAGCUGUUGUUCGCAUGGGAGGGUUGGCGUAAUGCAGUAGGGCCCAAAAUAAAACCGCUUUAUGAAGAAUUUGUGAAAAUUGUCAAUCUAGGAGCCCGCGAGCAUGGCUGGGUUGAUUACGGUUAUUUUGAGCGUUCGCAUUAUGAGCUCGGUUCUAGUUUUAGGCCAACUUUAGACAAGGCUUGGGCACAAAUAAGGCCAUUGUAUGAAGAAUUACAUGCUUACGUUCGAUACAAACUGAGUCUUAAUUAUGAAGACAUAUCUGUAAAUAAGCCCAUACCAGCUCACAUCUUAGGGGACAUGUGGGGACAACACUGGGAUCACGUAUUUGAUCUCGUAAAUCCCUUUCCGAAUACAAACACAUUUAAUGUGACUAAAAACUUGCAAGCUCAAAGCUAUACCGCGGAGAAAAUGUUUAGAUUGGCCCAGUCAUUCUAUGUUUCACUCGGUCUAGAGCCCAUGCCCCUUUCUUUCUGGAAUAAGUCUCUUUUGGAGAAACCAAAGAAAAAGGUUGUAUGCCAUGCAUCCGCUUGGGACUUUUCUGAAGGUGAAGUGAGAAUAAAGAUGUGCACAAAAGUUAGCCACACUGAUCUCAUCGUCAUCCAUCACGAAAUGGGACACUGUGCCUACUUUCUUGCGUACAAAGACAAGCCAUUCGCGUAUCGUAGUGGAGCCAAUCCAGGAUUUCAUGAAGCUGUGGGUGACACUAUAUCUCUCUCAGUAGAAAACCCAACACAUUUGAAGGAGAUUGGCUUACUGGAUAAGGCCGAAGACACAUAUAACAGCUCAAUAAGCUUCCUUUUUCGUCAAGCUUUACAACGUGUGGCGUUCGUCCCCUUUGCUUUCUUAGUUGAUCAAUGGCGCUGGCGGGUCUUCUCCGGAAAUAUUACGGCACAGUCCUACAAUUCUGAAUGGUGGAAAUUGAGAACACAUUACCAGGGUGUCGCACCUCCUCUACCACGUGACGAGACGAACUUUGAUCCCGGAGCCAAAUUUCACAUUGCCACAAACUCUCCGUACAUCAGCUAUUUUAUCAGUCAUAUACUGCAGUUUCAAUUCCAUCGAGCCCUCUGUAAGAUUGCAAAAUCUAAACAACCACUGUACAAAUGCUCCAUUUAUAAGUCAAAGGAAGCCGGGAAGAAAUUCAGAGAGCUGUUAGCAGCAGGCUCUAGCGGCCCCUGGUCACAAACUCUCUACAAGAUGACUGGGGAAAGAGAACUUCGCGCUGACGCUAUGUUAGAAUACUUCGAGCCGUUAAUCACAUGGUUGAAAACCGAAAGACAGAAGGUGAAAUAUCCAAUAGGAUGGUCAAAUACUAAAGGGUUCACUGGGAAAGAACGUGAUAAAACACCAACAAAAGAGUCAGACAAACCAAUUUUCAUAAAAAAUUCGUCCGAUGUGGAACUUUCAUAUGUGCGCGCUAUUAAAAAAGAAACCACUCUACAGAAAACGGAGAACUUAAACCAAAGUAAUGCUGGUCCAUUUAAAGAAACGAAUGCUUCAUCAUCACAUACUUUAAAGGAAAAGAUUAAUACUACGAAACUGAAACAAUACAGGCUAUUCAACAGCGUGAACGUUCUAGAGCCUUUAGGUCAAACAAAAUCUUCAAUUCUAACACGACCAGUUUUUGUGCCUUUUGUCGGAAAUAAUCCAUUGACAUUAGACAAAACAAACGAUAGAAACAGAAUUUCAAAGGCACCUUGAUAGUUUGGAUUAUUUUUGGCAAGAAUUGAGCUUCAUUAAAGUUGUGAUAAGAAAUGCAAAAUUGUAGGUAACCUGCUUCCAUAAGAUACAACAGUAAAUAAUUGGCAAUGAUUCUGCAAAGAUUUUCAAUCAAAUUAGCAAAACAAAAA